GCGAACGCGACGAUGCCGUACAAGUGUCUUCUCCGCCUCGCGGCAUGACUAGACUUACUGGUCAGUACGUUUGUCACAUGCAGGCGCGAUAAUUAUCAGAGUAUAUCCGCUACGGCGGAUGGACUGUGUGUCAUACCCACUGACUUUCAAGUGACAGAGAUACCUUACGGAACCGGCAGCAUACCGUCGCAGCGUUCGUAUGGGUGUACUCCUGGAUCACUCACCAUCUCCUUCCUCCUGUGAUACGCAAGGAAAGCCGCGAAAAUUCCGGAGUACAGGCCGAAUUACCGGUGCGAACAGCGUAAAGCACCGUGAGCGAGUCCCAGUACAGCAGCAACGACGAGCGCCGUAUUCAGGAGGCCAGAACACACAAACAGCUCACUCAAGAUAGGGCCACUCAGCCAAGCCACGUCGUUUCUGCUCACCG